CCUCCCCCGCCGCCGUGCCCCUCUAUCGGCUCUACUGCCAGACUACUGGACUGGGAGGAUCAGCAGUGGCCGGGCACUCGUCAGACCAGAUUGAAAACAUGGUGCCUGUUAAGGAUCGAAUCAUAAAGGUCACCUUCAAUGCCGAUGUGCAUGCUAGUCUCCAGUGGAACUUCAGACCUCAGCAAACGGAGAUAUAUGUGGUACCAGGAGAAACUGCACUGGCAUUUUAUAAAGCUAAGAAUCCUACUGACAAACCAAUAAUUGGAAUUUCUACAUACAAUGUUGUACCAUUUGAAGCUGGACAGUAUUUCAAUAAAAUACAGUGCUUCUGCUUUGAAGAGCAAAGGCUUAAUCCACAGGAAGAAGUAGAUAUGCCAGUGUUUUUCUACAUUGAUCCUGAAUUUGCAGAAGAUCCAAGAAUGGUGAAUGUUGAUCUCAUCACUCUUUCUUACACUUUUUUUGAAGCAAAGGAAGGGCACAAGUUGCCAGUUCCGGGCUAUAAUUGAAGUAGCUUCCAAGACUUGCUUCAGAUUUGUGAUUUUUGGAAAAUCAUGUAUUGUGCUUUCUCAGAAGAGAAAUAUUCUACAGUAAUGUAUAUUGAAACCUUGUAUUUUAAAUGGUUCUCUUUCUUUCCAACUUCAUUUAUCCCAUUUAAGACUGAGAGAAUAGGUUCAAAACUCAGUCUGUAAAGAAAAGAUGCUGCUGUCUUGUGAUGGUACUUAAGGGCAGGAAAAGAACAUUUGCUCUGUGUUAAGUAAUAGAGCAGGAAUGUUGUUCACCAAGCCUAUGAAGAAUAUUUGACUGUCCAGUGUACCACAUGUAUGACUAGUAAAAACCACCUGAGGGGCCAGGAAGAUGACUCAGUGGGUUAAACUGUUUGCCCCAUAAGCCUGACAACUUGAGUUCUGGUUCCUGGAACCAGCUGUAAAAGAGUGAAUGGAGUAGCUGGCAUCUGCAAUCCCAGAGUCCUUACAGUGAGAUGGGAGGUUGAGGCAGGAGAACUCCUUAACUUUAUAUGCGUGCUGUGGCUGCCCACACAUAGACACACACAAACUGCUUUAGUAGUUGAGUUUAAUUCUAUAGGUGCCUUCCAUAGUAUUAGCCCUUCAUACUUUUAACAAUGUAUCUGAAAACUUAGAAAAAGAAAAUAUGCACAGGUGGUUUGUUUUCGUUCAUAGAACUUAUCAAUAAGCAAGGGUGGCUGCUACUUUCCUUCGGUGUAAACUGACACUAUUUAAAAAUUGUUUAUUUAUUUUGUGAAUGCGUAGGGAAGAUGAGUGGCACCCAUGCUGCAGCACACAUGUGCUGGUGGUCAGUGGACUUGCUGUGCGGGACAGUUUUCUUUCAUCACAUGGGUCUCGGGAAUCAGGGUCGGCAGGCAAGGCAACAAAUGCCUUUGCCUGCUGAGCCGUCUUUGGCUGAACUGACAGUUUUAAAAACUGUAAGUGGAAGAGGAAUCACUCAGCUCUAUCAGCUUGCUCCAAGUGUGCAUUCUUAAUUCAAGUGUGGCUUUUCCUGUGAAAUUUCAGGUCUGCUUUAUUCAGAGUACUGAAUAGACAAUGACUUGGAAAUGGUGAUAAAAUCUGACAGAAGAAUUUCACCUGCUAGACUAUGCUCUAUCAUUUACUGUCAUAAUUCCAAGUUCAUCAAUGUAAGAUGUAGGGAUGAAAUUGUGAAGACUUACUGAUAUAAAGCUCUUCUGAGGUAAAAAAUGAAAUAAAAACAACAGAACUCUGACAAAUAAUAGUCAUUUAAUUUUAAGUGUUUUCCAGUAGCCUUUGUUUCAAAUCAAAAUGUAAUUGAUAAUAAAAGGCAAGAAUGUUUAACAUUAUAAAGGCCACCUGAUGCAGUGGCCUGCUCAGGCACUUGAAGUAUAAUUAAAAAAGUCAUCAAGUUUAAACCAAAGUGUUAUUUAUAAACAAGUGCAAACUGACAUCUACAUUCAAAUUCAGUUAAAUGAAGGCACUCACUUUCUUCACUUCCUGCCCCAUCUGUUCACAAUGUUUGAUAGCAGGACGAUCUUCAAGUACCCUUGUAGGUCUGUGAUGAUUGCUGUUGGUAGGAAUGCCUGCGCAGCGUAAGUCUACAAUUCAACCAGCUGGACUAGUACCAGGCAGUUUUCCUUCUGCUGAAGUUGCCCUUGUUAUAUCCAGCUUCUGAAAUCCUGAGCCAUUGUCAGGAACAGCAGUGUUAGCCCAGAAAUGUUAACUAUUCUGUUGAAGCUUCAUUAUAGCGGAGAAGUGGUCCACUGGCUUUCUUUCUGUUAGCAGGUCUUCUCUUUCAGGCCUCAGUUGAGCAGGGACUACUUUAAAGAGUGGGCCCUUUGUACUGCUAAUGAGCCGAUCAUACAUCUGAAAUAAAGGGAAGACAUUGGCCCAUCUCCUGCACUCCUGGAAGACUGGAAUGCCACAGUUAAGCAGAGGGAAGGCUGGAAUGCACUUCUUCCAUGGUUGGGAAUGUGAAAGAAUAAAAGUGGAGAGCAGGCAUUAAAUAGUGUGUAAAUAGGAAAACUGAUGCAGGAGCAUAUUGAUGCGUUCUCUUGGUCCACGUAACAGGUGUGGACUGCACACAGAAACCACCUUUUGUAUUUCUGUGCCUCAUUUUUAGAUAAGGUCAUGGAGAUUGUCAUUAAUGAGCACUGAUCAGUGUUGAGUAGUUCAGAGGAACUUAGUAUUGUACUAAGUGUCAGACUUAAAUGGUGCUUAGGGAAUUUAAUACAAAAUGUGAUAAUCCUACUGAAUUAUGUGGAAUCUUAUGUUGCAUAAGCUGGUGUUCCCCCCCCCCUUUUUUUUUUCUUUUUGUACCUUAGCAGUCACUAUGACUUUGGGCUCCUUUGUGGUGGUAAUCAUCAAUUUCUUCAUAAACAGCUCUGAAACAAAGCCACCAAGACAGAAGAAUUACAUAUCAGUUGCAAAGUACUAUAUUAACACCAUCAAAACUAAAAAUACAGGCUGUUGGGAGUUGGGAGGAGGGGUGUGAGGCAUCUUAAGUGAAUAAAAAGAUCUUUAUGCUUGAGCUUAUUCUAACAUAAAACAUCUACUGUUAGAGUUCUUUCCCAUGCCUAGUAAAGGCCAAUUUAUUUUUACUUCUGAUUUAAAGGAAAACUAUGGUUCAAAUUUGGGCAGUUUGACUUUUUUUUAACUUAAAAAAAAAUCUAAUUUAAAAUAUUUAAAAAAUAUUAGGGACUGGAAGGAUGGCUCAGAGGACCCUGGCUCAAUUCCCAGCACCCACAUGGCAAAUCACAAGUGUCUGUAUGGGGGAUCCCAUAAUCUCACACCGACAUACAUGAAGGCAAAACAUCAGUGCACAUAAAAUAAAAGUAAAUCAAUCAAAAAAUUAAUAACAGUCUGCUUUAUUUAACACGGUAUUAUAUCCUAAACUUGGGAGUAACCUUUAGCUUGUGUUGGUUAUCUUUGUACCUUUAAUAAAUUAUAAUUUUAAUAACUUA